AUGAUAACCUAAUAAAUUACAUCUAUUAACUCAUUUUCUAUCUAAAAUUUUUGGAAUUUAGAAAAUCAAUAUUUUCUUAAUAAAUGUAAGCCUGAAAGACAUUUGUCAUUAAAAAGGACUAAUAAAGGUAUUGGUUUCGACAUUCUUGAAAAUCUUAUUCAUAAAUAAUCAUAUAAAGUUAUUAUAACUUAGAGAUUUCUUGAAAUAUCACAAAUGUCUAGAACCAAAAAUACAAUGUAUUCAUUACCUUAAACUUUUAUAAGCGUUCACAAUAUAAAAUAGACACAAUUGAAUUAUAAAUGA